AUGGCAUUGCGAAUACCUCGACGUCAGAAGAAACGUUACUCGUUGGUAUUAUGGCUCGUGGUGAUUGUUUUGGUGGUGUUUGUGGCUGGGCGCAAACUAGGUGAUUCGGGAUCCCCGUCGGUGAUUGUUUCUGAUUAUGAUGUCCACGAUGUUUUUUCACGACUUUGGCGCAAAAGCAGCCGUCCAAAGGACAAAACCGUCCCGUAUUUUCGUACGGAUGCUGCCACAAGACCAGGAAAAGAUGGAAGCCAGGUGCACCUUUCUCCGGAAGUGGCUAUGGGAGUUGGCGCCGUUUCGACCGCGGAAAAACUCUCCACCAUAGAAAGCAUGCACCGCAAGGUGGACGAGAACCAUCAGCGAUUGAAUUUGGGACGGGAUUUUUACGAUAAGGUUUUUUCGGUUUUGGCCGAAGGAGCUCCGUCAGUUGAACAAUUGGAUCGGUACCGCACCGAAGAAAGAAUUUACCAUGCUCGGUACACCACGCGAGAGGAAGAGCUUGCCGAUGAUAUUGUUUUCAGCGAAGAUUAUUUGGGGCUGUUCUUGCAAUUGACCGAUGAAGAACAACGGUCGAUGCAACAGUCGCAUUUGUAUGCUGUCACCAACAUCCCAGACCACGCUCCUGAAGGGCUAUAUCUGGGCAAUGGAAUCGUAUACGUUGGUGGUGGAAAGUACAACUGGCUUGCGAUGCUAUCGAUCAAGCAGCUUCGUGAAACAGGGUGUAAACUUCCUAUUGAAAUCGUGAUUCCAAAGCUCGACGAGUACGAACCCGACUUGUGCAUGAAUAUUUUUCCUGCUCUUGGCGCUCGUUGUAUCUUUUUGCCGUAUAUGCUCAGCAGCGACGACGGAACGAGCGCGGUUUCCAAGUUCAAGUUCAAAGGCUACCAAUACAAGGCGUUGGCAAUCAUGGUACUGAGUUUUGAAAAUGUCUUGUUGCUCGAUGGUGACAACAUUCCUGUAGGAAACCCCGACCAUUUGUUCACGGAAAAACCAUUUACAAACAACGGAUUCAUCGUUUGGCCCGAUUUCUGGAAACGCACAGUUUCACCGGCCUACUACCAAAUAGCAGGAAUCCAAGUUAGCCAAACACAACUACAUCCUCGUUACGACGAAGUGGCAGGAAAAUACGAAGACAUUCCUUUUGUCAACUCGCCGCUUGAUUUGAAGUCAGUACCGUUGCACCAAAGAAAAGGAGCUAUACCUGACCCCACAUCGGAAUCAGGCCAGUUGAUGAUCAGCAAGUCGUCUCAUAUGCAAGCACUAAUCUUGGCUCUCUACUACAAUAUUUAUGGUCCUACUCAUUUUUAUCCUCUUUUCCUGCAAGGUUCAGAUGGCGAAGGCGACAAGGAAACUUUUUUGGCUGCAACAUGUGCCUUGAACAAGCCAUUUUACCAGGUUGCAAAAUUUUUGAAUGCCUUGGGAUACAUUGACAAUAACAAACAAUUUGUGGGUACCGGAAUGGGCCAAUUUGAUCCAGUGGACGACUACAAAAGAGCACUCGCACAAAAAACUUCGGUAAAGGAAAAAGAACCAAAACUUUUAUUUCUCCACGCCAAUUUUCCCAAGCUUGACCCUUGGAUUCUAAAGACAGAAAACAAGAUUUUCGACGAGGACGGCAAGCGGUUUCGGCUCUAUGGCACUUCCAUGCGCUUGAAAACCGGCGUUGACUUUGAAAUGGUCAUGUACAAAAAUAUGCGCCAUUUGCUCUGUGAGCUCAACAUCAAGUUUGAAACGUUUUCUGCUGUCAGUCACGACGACCUUUGCCAGGAAAUCAACGUCCAUCUCAAGUAUCUCUCUGAUACAGAACACUUGUUGGAGUAG